AUGCAGUCAUCUGUGUACGGCAGAGUUCAGAAUACCGUCCCUCCGGCACCAGCGGAAAUCCUGGCACUGUCUGAACUCCGUAAAUCCCAGUACACCUGCAGCGAGGGCCGAUGUCUUGUUGACACUCUCGAUCUGGCAGUUGAUCGCAGGAUCACGGGCGUCGGUCUUCCGUUGCGGCGCAGUCAUUGUGAUAGUUUCCGGUCGUCGCCCGAGUUCAGACUUGACUCGCCCGUGUACUCGGGCCCAGAGCUGAAAAGUCUGCAGGCACCCUUGUGA